UUUUUAGUCAUACGAUUUUGGCCACUGUCAUCGAAUCUUUUGGCGAGGAAAAAUAAUAAUUACCAAUAAAAAUGGUUUUCCGCGUACCCUUUGGCAAGAAGCACGCUGAAAUCGCAUCUUCCUUCGUGCGAUCUGGCGCAGGAUUCGGUGCAGCUGCUGGUCUGGGCCUGCUCUACUACACCGACUGGAAGUUGAUCCUGCAGUAUGUGCCCAUCUAUGGCUCCAAGUUCGACAAGAGCGAGUAAAUCUGAAUCCCCCUAUCUUUAGUCGCUUGUAAAUGGACUUACUGUUUUGCUUGGUGAAUAAAUUAAGUUAAAACUA